UAUAUAACUACAGAUAUAGAUAUAGAGAAAAAUUAUAUCAUAAAAUAUUAUUAAAAAAGAAAGGAAGAAAGAAAGAAAGAAAGAAAUCUUCAUUAAUAAUGGCGAUGAGGAAGUUGACGAUGAUGGUGAUAUUUGUUUCGAUACUCUUGGAUGAUUUGUUGGGUCCCACCGCAGCAGCUGAACCUUGCAGGGGCUACAAGUUCAGCGACGGCAAAUCGUUCGUAGCAUGCAAGGACCUUCCGGUGCUGAACUCGACCCUCCAUUGGAGCUACUAUCCUUCUUCAGGCACGGUGGAUAUAGCUUUCCGACAGACCGCAACAACCACCUCAACAUGGGCUGCUUGGGCUAUCAAUCCCACCUCACAUGGCAUGGUUGGCGCUCAGGCUCUUGUUGCUUUCCAACAAUCAGAUGGAACCAUGGUGGCCUACUCUUCUCCCAUACAAUCCUACGCGACUCUUCUACGCAAAGGUGAACUAAGCUUUCCUGUCUUUAACAUCUCUGCCGCUUCCUCCAAUAUUAACAGCUUCUUCGAGAUAACUAUUUUCGCUACCAUUCAACUCCCCGGCAAUUCUACUUUGGUCAACCAUCUUUGGCAACAAGGUCAGCUUCUCCAAGGAGAUGUUCUGGGCAUGCAUCCUCUCACCGGAGAUCAUGUCAAAUCGUUCGGAAGUCUCGACUUUGCUUCCGGAAAGAUCGAAACCAGUUCAGGAGGUGGAGAUUUUUCCAAGAAAGCUACCAUCAAGAAGGUGCACGGAAUCAUCAACGGUAUCAGCUGGGGACUUCUUAUGCCAAUUGGGGCAAUGGUAGCAAGAUACGUGAAAGUUUUCGAGGUGGCGAACCCAGCUUGGUUCUACAUUCACGUUACUUGUCAAUGUUCGGCUUAUCUGAUUGGAGUUGCCGGCUGGGGAACUGGGGUGUGGCUUGGAGCUAAAUCUUCGGGGAUUCAGUACAAGGCGCACAAGUGCAUUGGUAUCACCCUUUUCUGCCUUGCGACUCUGCAAGUGUUGGUCGGAAGAUUUUUGAGGCCCAAAAAGGAUCAUAAGCACAGGAUAUUUUGGAACAUGUUCCAUUACGCAGUAGGCUAUGGGACAAUUGUCCUCAGCAUCAUAAAUGUUUACAAGGGGUUGCAUAUCUUGCAGCCAGGGAAGGCUUGGAGGGAUGCUUAUACUUUCACCCUUGCAUCCUUGGGGUGUAUAGCUGCCGUAAUGGAAGUGUUUACUUGGAUUCUGGUUUACAAGAAGAAUAAAUUAGCAAAGGUACAAACAGUUGAAGAAGAAAAUAAGGUGGAAACAGAUGAAGAAGCUAAUAAGGCGGAAACAGUUGAAGAAUCGAUUCCCACAUCUUCUGGAGAGGUAUAGUGUCGAAGAGAUAUUGAAGAAUGGAUACUGCAAGCGGCAAAGGAACUUCAACAUUCAGCAGAGCAGUAUAAUGAAGGCUACAGUUGACAAGUUUUCAAUAGUUGUUGUUAAAUGUUUUCUGUAUUAUGACUUUUGUUGUACUCUUUUUUUCAGUGUCUAGAUUUCAAGACUUUGCACUCUUUUUCCUGUCUAGAUUUUUCCCACUGGGUUUUAUUCUAGAUAGGUUUUAAUGAGGCUUAGUCUCUUAGAGCUGUUGAGCAUAUGAUCUGUCUAGUCUAGAGGUAUACCAACCUAGUUGGGAUGCUUCUUUUCUAGUUUGAUGCUCCUUUCUCUAAGGUUGUUAUGUACAUAAACAAUUUGUCCAAUUUCUUCUGUUAAAGAGAUGUGUCUUGAAAUUCUG